AUGUACUUUGAGCGUCAGGAGCAGGGGUCUCAGCUCUGUGCUCAACAUUGCUUGAACAACAUCCUCCAGCAGCGAACGUAUACCGAGUUCGAUCUGGCCGAUAUUGCUCAAAAGCUCGACUUUGCCGAGAAUGCCGCCCUAUCUGUCGCCAACCAGAACAAGAAGUCAUACAACCUCGACGACACUGGGUUCUUCUCCCUGCAAACUCUCGAGAGAGCUCUGCAGGUCUGGGAUCUGACGCUGGUUCGAUGGAGAGGCGAGGCGAUGAAGCCAUACCAAGACCGGCCAGAGGAUCAAUCCGCCUUCAUCCUUCACCUCGCACAGCACUGGCUUCCUCUCCGCCGAUUCGCCCCCUCUCCACCACACGUAUCAGCCGUAAAGCGAUGGUACAACCUCAAUUCGUUCCUCGGCGCUCCGGAAUGGAUCUCGCCUACGUACCUCAAAAUGGUUCUCACCCAGGCGGAACAGGAGGGAUACUCUGUUUUCGUGGUCCGGAGGGCAGGUACGGCGUCAACGGGCGACAAGGGGAAGGAGACGGAUAUGAUUGAAGGAGAGGGAUGGGGAGACGGUGGUGUGGGAGUUUUGCCGGAGUGCCUGGCGGAUACGAUGGCUGUGGAGCUUGGGGAGCCAGUCGGUCGGUCUGGCGGCUUCGGUUCGGGAUCAGCUACGACGAUGGACCAGCCAUCAGUGGACCAAUCGUCCCUUGCGGGCCCGUCGUCUUCCGCGCAACCCAAAUCUCGACGGAAACGGCAGCAAGACCUGGAUGGCGCCAUACCCUCUGACGAUCCCUUCCUCCAACAGCCGGGAUCUUCCUCAGCCGCCCAGCCAUCCCGCUUCGAUGACGAUACGCUGGAAGAAGAUGAGAUGGGCGACGAACCCGGCGCGUCGGACUUUGCCAACCAUACACGGGCGUACGACGACGAGGAUGCGGCGUUCCAGGCGGCACUGAGAGCGAGUAUGGAGGAUGUGCCGGAGGGAUGGGUCGCGCCUGACUUUGGGAAGAAGAAGACUGCGGGAGAAGGGGUGGUCAAGAGGGAAUUGCCAACGCCGCCGGUAUCGGUUGUUCAGCGGGCUCCUCCGGCAGAAGUGGCGCCAGCGCAGAAUUGGAGGCCGGCUGGAGGGGCUACAGAGCCAAGGGCGCCGUUGAGGGAGAUACCGACUGAAGCGGCGGUAGAAGAGGAUGGGACGCCGCUUAGCCCAACAGAGGAGCUGACACAAGAUGAAAUACGUAGAAGGCGACUGGCCAAGUUCGGGGCUUAG